AUGACCACAACAGUAAGAGCCUAUAAAGGACUGACAACUAAGCGAAUUGAUAACGUACUAAACUGGUUGCGCGAGUCAUCUAAACUUCUCGACCCCGUAGCACCUGACCUCAGGCAAGGGCAAGCACAGAAAAUCAAACUGGCGAUAGAACUGUGCGACGAAAACAUCAGCCUUAUGGAAUCCUCCCUCACCAAACUCACAGAAGCAUUUGAUAGGAUAGAAGACACAGACAAUGAGGAAGAGGAACAGCUGGACAAAUACUUAGAGUCGGCACAAGAAACAAUAAUAAAACUACACGUGCACAAAACUAAUCUCAAGCAAGUAAUGCAUGAGAUUGGGCAGGAGAGUAGUGAUUCGGAGAUUGUCCUGGGAUGGAGAAAAUCGUCCCCAUCACGCCAAAGCGUGGGAGUGCUGAUAGCAAAUCGCCUACAGGAAAUAGGAAGAAUUGUCAACGAUUUGGAAGAACAACACGUACGCUGUCUUUUUGGACAUGUGCGCACCGUGGAGAAUCCAGCUGAUUGCGGAACUAGAGGCUUGACAUCAAACGCCCUACAAGAUUACCUUUGGUGGCAAGGCCCAAAUUUGAUGCACGAGCACGACUGUAGCAAUCUCACGCCGUUUGGUAACAGACGAAGUAGUCCUGGCAACACCACAAGUGACGCCGAAAACAAAAGCAUUAAAGACUUCGCUGCUUGA